AUGCAGAAGAUAAGUGAUAGAAAGCAGAAUGAAGUAGCCAGAAGUUCUAAGAAGCGUUUCUCAAUUUCAAGGGAAAUUGCAAAUAGAAAAAUGAGCAACUCUAAUUUAUUCUCGUCGGAAGAAAGUAAAAUAAGAAUGAUAGGAAGCAGACAUUCCGUUUCAUCUAUCAAAAGCAAAUAAAAAGUGAACAUUUCAAUGAACAAAGAUUUAUCUUCAGGAUCAUCAUCUUUUUCUAGUGAUUCGGAAUCGAACAAGGAGAAGUUAGACUAAUCAAUAAUUUUAAAGGACAAUAUUGGUAUUAUAUAAUAAGCCCAAUCCUCCUUUUAUUAAGUGUAGGAUAAAUUAAUAUUGCCGAAUAUGUCAUUUGAUUAAGAUUUCAUAAAUCCGUUGGAUAUCUCAGAUGGAAUUGAAAAGUCUAUUUUAAAAGUUUAGUUUAUUGAUUUUGAACAUCGAUGGGGAAUGAAACAAGAUAUCAAUAUUCAAAAACAAUGUGGAGGAGAUCAAAUGCUUCAAUCCUAAGUAAGUGACGGAAUGUCAUCCCAAAGAUCCUUAAAGAUGUCUCAUCGUAGCAAAAAAGGAGCCUUUUAAUCUAAGUUGUUAGCAGUUCAUAAUAGAGUCAAAUAACAACUAAGUGACAGUGAAGAGGAUGAUUAUGCUGAUAAUGAAUCGGUAGAGGAUAAGUUAAAAGGAAAAUUUAAAAAACUAUAUGAAAGAAACCCAUUUGAGGAUCCUUACUAUGUGAAGUUGUAGGAUCUGCAUGGAUUCGAAAGAUUGCACUAUGAAAUAAAUGCUUAUAAUGAUGAUAAAAAAUUUCUGAAUCUAAGAAAGUCUAUAGUCUAUUAUUCCUUAUUUAUUCCAAUCUUAUGCAAAAGGAUAAUAAGGAGUGUUCCAUUCAAAAUCAUCAUGUCCUUUCUAAUUAUCUUCAAUGUCACCCUAUACAUAUACUCUUAAACCAAUUAAGACCCCCUGUCAACCAAAGAUAUGGAAACAGCAAUUAUGAUUUGUUUCUUGAUAGAACUGGGAAUCAGAAUACUAGCUUCAGGUGUAUUAAUUCCAAAAGGAGCCUUCUUCAAGAAUUUUUAAGACUUAUUUGAUUGCAUUUUGGUUGUAGUUUAUGUUUUAAACAUUAAUUAUCCUGAUGUAUUCAUAGUAGAUGUAUCGCCUUUGCGUGUGAUAACAUUGUUACUGUAUUUAGGAGACAUCUUUUCAGGGUUGGGAGUGAUGUUGAAAGCAUUGAAAUAGUCUUUUCGAUUUCUCUUAGAAGCUUUAAUGAUAGUAGGAUUGUUUUCGUUGUUUUUUGCAAUCACAGGAGUUUUUUUGUUUCAAGGAUUAUUUAAUUAUAGAUGUCAAUAUGAUAAUGGGGAUGAAACUGACGGGUGGGUCCAAUGCAAUUAAAAUUCCUGUUAUGAGGAAGGAAUGUCUUGUAAAUAUUCAUCAUUCACUCCGAAACUUCCGACUUCCUUUAACAAUGUCGUUUAUUCAUAUGGACAAGUUUUGAGAACUAUUACAAUGGAUGAUUGGAGUUGGGUCAUGUUCUUUACGAUGAGAAUCUAUCAUCCAUGGACUUGGUUGUAUUAUUUAUUCAUUAUUUUUGUUUGCGGAUUCUUUGGAUUCAAUUUAGUUAUUGCGGUCAUUAAAAUACAUUAUGCUGAAGCUGCAGAGGAGAAUGCAAAGGAAGAAGAAAUGAGAUAAAUACAGUAGAAGAUUAAGGAGAAUAGGGAACUUCCCGAAAGAGAUAUUAUUAAUGUUUUUGAUGUGGCUUUUUUGAGAUAUAUUGAAUUUUUUCCUGUUAUUCAAAGAUAUCGGUUGGCUUUAAAAUCCCCUUAUCGAGCCUUCAAAUUAGAAGAAAAUGUCAAUGAAAAAGGCAAUUCAAAUAAGUAAAAGGGACCAAGAAUAUUGUCAGCUAAACAAAAAAAGAAUGAAGAUUACAAUCCAAAAUAAGGUUAUUUUAAAAGAUUAAUUUAUAAAAUUUAGAAUUUAACAGUAAAAAACAUUCUAUUGCCUAAAUUCUACUUACUGAAUGAGAAACAAAAGACUAUUCAUGUUAAAAGGUAUACUGAAGACGAGAUUGAGUUGUAAAUAUUAGAAAGAUUAAAGUCUUUAUAAUUCUCCUAAUUGUAAUCCUCAGUCAAUUAACAAAUUCAUUAGAAAUUUGAAAGUGAAGGAGACGUUUUGCCAACUCUAAAUUUGCCUGAUUGCGAGAAAAAGGAAUUAGAAAAGGAAAUUCUCAACAUGAGGAACAUCAAAAUACCUGUUGUUUAUCCUGAUAUAAAAUAAAAAAAGAUUUAAUAAAUUGUAUAUGAUCGCAAGAAACUCAGUCAAUUUCCGAUUCGAAAGGUGAAAAGGAUCAAAUUGAAUGAGACUGAGGAUGAAGAAGUAGAAACCAACAAUUCUUUGGAUCAAAACCUAUUUAUUUAAAAACAAAGUAUGGCACUAUCUCAUAAACUCAAAUUUUCAUAAAAUGAAGGCAAGGUUCCAUUUGCAAUUAAAAAAUAAGACUAAAAUUGGGUCCAUAUCCAAGGAUACUAUUUAAAUUAUGCAGGAGUUUCUUUAAAAAUUAAUGCUAAAAUUCAGAAAAACAAACACUCUUAGCCAUCCAAUGAAUUCUAGUAUAGAUUACUAAGAAGGAAGGAUAUUCAAUAGAAUUAGAUUUCAAAAAAAACUUGGUCUGGAAAUGACGUUCUUAAAUUAAAUGAGUCUAGAUUAUUCAAUUUCAGAGAAGUGUUAAAGAGACUUAAUUUUAUUGACAUUUAAAUUUGGAUGCUUGGGUUUAAAGGUAAAAUUGAAACUCUGCGAAAAUACUCUUAUAUUUUAAUUACAUCUUAACUAAGCUAAUUAUUUUUUGAUAGUGUUAUCUUAAUUAAUUUUACAUUUCUAUCAUUAUAAGGAAUAGCUGAUUCAGUAACAAUAUCUAAUGAGGAGGAUGUUUCAACAAUAUUUCUAUGCAUAGAAUUAGUAAUUAGAUUUUUUGCUUUUUCUUUUAAAGACAUAUCUUAAAGUCCCGAUUACGUUCUACAAUCCUGCAUUGUGAUUUUGAACUUCAUCGAGCUUACUAUGAGUUCAGUAAUGACAAACUUAAAUGAACAGAAUCUUAGGUUGAUAAGGGGGACCAAGUGUCUUCUGUUUUAUCGAGUAUUGAAAUAUAAUAAAAUGGCAGUGGCGAUUGGACAUAUUGCUUAGCGAACUUUCAGAUAAUAUAUAUAUUUGACCUUCUUGUUUUUUUUAGUCAUCUUUGUUUAUGCUAUGAUUGGCAUGGAGAUGUAUGCCGGAUAUUUCGACUAAACAGAUGCUCUAGGAUAAUUGCAUUCCUAUGACAAUAUUCUAAAGGCUUUUAUGACGAUUUUCAACAUCUUAACAAAUGAUGAUUGGUAUGGAGUCUAUGUUAUGGGAGGAAAUAUUAACUAUAUAUUUGCUGUAAUUUAUUCGUAUUCAAUGGUUAUAUUAUUGAAUUAUAUCACCUAUGGUUUGGUGUUGGCUAUAUUGUUGGAUGGGUUCGGAGCUAUUGACAAGGAAAUGCAGGAGUUGGAUGAAGAAAAAGAAUAAGAUGAGGAAAAGAAUAAUGAGAAAUAGGAGGAAUAAAACUCACAGAUCACAGAACAACAAGAAAUAAACGAAUUUUAGUUGAAUUUAAAUCCAUUGAUAUCAUAAAUUAAUUUAAGUGAAACCCAAUAGAAAAAGUCCAAGUAGCAUUUAAUAACAAACUUAAUGAAAUCAAUCAGACAAGUUCAUAAAGAUAUAUUAAACAAAUAUCCUAAUUUAUAUGAUGGAAUCUAAUGCAAAUAAUCGUUUUAUUUAUUUGAAAAGGAAAACCUUUUCAGAAUAAUAUGUUGCAGAAUAAUCACUUCAAAAUUCUUCAAUUACUUUAUAGAUACUGUUUUAUAUUUUUCAAUUGUUGUCUUUGCUUUGAAGACAUAUAAUGACUAUGAGAGUGAUUCUUCAUUUUAUCCAGAGGUUUUGCAAUUCAUAGCCAAUAUUAUAUUUCUGUUAGAGAUUAUUUUCGGUAGUAUUGCAAAGGGAAUGUGGAUGAAUAAGGGAGCAUACAUUACAUACACAUGGUAAAUAGUGGAUGUCAUCUAUAUCAUUUCAUUUUUCCUCAAUUUUUUAUCAAAUCAAAACAAAAGCAUAAUAGUGGAGUUAAUUCUAUAUUUAGGAUAUUUCAGAGUGAUGAAAUUGAUGUACAGAAUAUCAUGGUUAGACACACUUCGAUUAGCAUUAGGUAGAUCUCUAGCAGACAUUUGGAAUGUGCUGAUUACUAUGCUUUCAGUGUGGAUUAUAUUUGGAGUUUAUGGAAUUAUCUUAUAUGAGCAGCAGUUUGGAUUUUGUGAAGACAAAAUGCAAUUUGAAGUUAACAAGCGGGAAUGUUUAGAGUAGAACAGGACAUGGAUCAAUUAUAAACAUAAUUUCGACAAUAUUACAAUAGCUAUCCCCACUCUUUUUGUAGUUUCCACUUUUGAUGGAUGGGGUGAAAUUAUGCAGAUAUCAGAAAACAGUUAGAAUCCAAAUAUAGGUCCUGAGGCAUUUAAUAGUUACAUACAUACUUACACCUUUUUUAUAACAUUUUGUUUUAUUGGAUCAAUGUUUUUCUUGAGUCUAUUUACGGGAGUCUUAUAUUCAAAUUUGAAAGCCAAUUAGAGCAAAAUAGAAAUGUCUGAUAUCACCAAAGCUCAAGUAGAGUUUAUGGAGAUUUCAUAAAUAAUUAUUAAAGACUUUCCAUUGUACUCUUCACCUCCUACUUCUAAGAUUAGAAGAUUUGCUUCUGAUUUAACAAACAGUAAUACUGCUCAAAAGAUUAUGUUUUGUUUAUUACUGCUCGAUUUAAUGGUGUUAUUGCUCUUCUUUUCUGAGAUGGAUGACAACUUUUUCAGAAUUUUGAAUAGUACUCACAAUAGUUUAACAUAUAUCUACAUCAUUUGGAAUAUCCUAUUGUUUUUUGCUUUAGGAGUCAAUAGAUUUUUUGAUAAUCAUUGGAGAAGAUUCUAUUUCUUCUUGAUUUUAAUAGCCAUCAUUGAUAUUAUAGCUGAUUUCGAAUCAGAUUGGGCCUUGGUCUAUUUUAGAUCAUCACCAGCUGAUUCAGGAUAUCAACUCCUUCGGUUAUUCUUUGCCAUCAGAUGUUUAAGAAUUAUUUUGAUUUUCUAAGGAUUGAUUAAUUUGUAGAGAUUAAUGAGAGUCAUGGUCUUUGCUAUGCCAUUUUUGGGGAAGAUCUUCUGCUUGUUGAUCAUAACGAUGUAUAUUUUUGCACUUUUCGGCUGUCAAUUAUAUGGAAGAUUAGAAAAGGGAUAGGUGAUGGAUGAUUAAAUCAAUUUCCAGAAUGUUGGCUUAAGCCAUGCUCUCCCUUUUCUAAAUGUGCAUCAGGAGAUGAUUGGAGAACUAUAAUGA